GCUAUUUCAGCAGCCACCUGCUGGCCCUCAGUGCAGAAGCCCCAGGCUGCCCGCCCUAGGUGACUCUGGGCCAGACCUUGCUUGUACAGGCAACCGCAGGCUACAGGGCUACCACUGUGCUCCAGCCUCAGCAGGCGGGAGUGUCUCCAUUUCCCCCAAAGCCUCCUUCUCCUUGCACCCUGGGAUAUGACCAUGGAAGCCACAAGGAGGCAGGCCCAGACAGCCACGAGUCUGGUGGAGCAGAUCCUGGCGGAAUUCCAGCUGCACGAGGAGGACCUGAAGAAGGUGAUGCGGCGCAUGCAGAAGGAGAUGGACCGAGGCCUGCGGCUGGAGACCCACGAGGAGGCCAGCGUGAAGAUGCUGCCCACCUACGUGCGCUCCACCCCGGAAGGCUCGGAAGUCGGGGACUUCCUCUCCCUGGACCUGGGUGGCACCAACUUCCGGGUGAUGCUGGUGAAGGUGGGGGAGGGCGAGGAGGGGCAGUGGAGCGUGAAGACCAAGCACCAGAUGUACUCCAUCCCUGAGGACGCCAUGACCGGCACCGCUGAGAUGCUCUUCGACUACAUCUCCGAGUGCAUCUCCGACUUCCUGGACAAGCACCAGCUGAAGCACAAGAAGCUGCCACUGGGUUUCACCUUCUCCUUUCCUGUGCGGCACGAAGACAUCGACAAGGGCAUCCUCCUCAACUGGACCAAGGGCUUCAAGGCCUCGGGGGCUGAAGGGAACAACAUCGUGGGGCUCCUGCGAGAUGCCAUCAAGCGCAGAGGGACUCCGGGGACCGCAAGCAGACCUACAACAUCCUGAGCACGCUGGGGCUGCGGCCCUCGGCCGCCGACUGCGACAUCGUGCGGCGCGCCUGCGAGAGCGUGUCCACGCGCGCCGCGCACAUGUGCUCGGCCGGGCUGGCGGGCGUCAUCAACCGCAUGCGCGAGAGCCGCGGCAUGGACGUGAUGCGCAUCACGGUGGGCGUGGACGGCUCGGUGUACAAGCUGCACCCCAGCUUCAAGGAGCGGUUCCACGCCAGCGUGCGCAGGCUGACGCCCAGCUGCGAGAUCACCUUCAUCGAGUCGGAGGAAGGCAGCGGCCGGGGUGCCGCGCUGGUCUCGGCCGUGGCCUGCAAGAAGGCCUGCAUGCUGGCCCAGUGAGAGCGGCGGCGGCGCGCGCGGGGCGGACCCGGCUCCACGGGGACGGCGCUCCCCACAGGGGCUCCAGCUCAGCCGGCCAGGGGGCCCGGGCUCGAGAGGACCCCAGAUGCUUCCCCACCCACUGUACCCCUGGAAUUGGGGAAGAGCCCUGGGGAUCGGAGCACAAGUCUGUUGGCAGAGUCGGUUGGAGGGACAGCCCCAGGGCACUGGCGGGGUGGGAGCUGGGCAGGACAGGGACAGGGACAGACACUCCCAACGCCGCAGGCCUUUCCUGUGGGAACCCAGCACCCCAAGGGCGCUGGGCACUCAUUUCCACACGGCCUGCCUCCCACGCUGGGCCUGGUUGGGCUCCCCUGGGAACUUACCGCGUGGGAGGGGAUCCAGUUGCUGGGUGGGAGCAGACCGGCCAGCAGGGUGACCCCAGGACUGGCUGAAUUCCUGCCUGUGGCUUCAGAUGCUGGGGGAGCCACACAGGGGGCCGCCCCACCCCCAGUGCCCGAGCACCCGGAGUUCUGGACUGGACCCGCGGGCAGUGGCACCGUCAGCCUCCACAGGCCAGCGCAGGAAGAACCCCUGCAGCAUUGCCACACCCCAGGGCUACCCAGGCCCCUCUCCAGAGCCACCCACCCUCUCCAUGCCCACCCUGGGACUGUGGGGUUUUUAAUUAAAAAUGCAAAAGAUGUGA